AUGUCAGGUUUUUACCCAAACUCGUGGACCCUGUCCUGGACUAUUCUUAUCUGUAUUAUCGGUGAAAGUUACUCCAUAGAAAGGCAGGGCUACCUGAUUGCUGCCCCCUCAGUAUUCCGAGCUGGCGUAGAGGAAGCAGUCAGCGUCACGAUCUUUAACGCGGCAGAAGAAACACGCGUGCAGGCCCAGCUCUCUGUGAAAGGAGAGGUAGUGACCCACGGCCACUGUACGGUUCUGGACAAAGGCACAAUCAAAUUAAAGGUGCCCUCCGACCUCCGCGGCCAGGGUCAUUUAAAAGUAUGGGGCAAUCGUCACCUGACCGAGGGCGGCUACAUCUUUCACAAUCACACCACUGUCACUGUAGACAGCAAGGGCACUGCCGUUUUCAUCCAAACGGACAAACCCGUCUACAGGCCAAGCCACAAAGUUCUCAUUAACAUCUACUCUGUCACACCAGACCUCAGGCCUGUUAAUGACAAGAUUGAAGCCUACAUCGUGGACCCCAGAGGCUCUCGAAUGGUCCAGUGGAAAGAUCUGAAACCCAUUUGUUGUGGCAUUGUGAAUGUCAGUUUCCCACUUUCUGACCAGCCUGUGUUUGGAGAGUGGUUUGUCUUCGUGGAGAUGCAGGGACACACACACAACAGGUCUUUUGAGGUUCAGAAGUAUGUAAUGCCCAAGUUCGAACUUGUCAUCGAACCCCCUCCCUACAUUCGAGACCUCAAUUCAUGUGAACAAGCCACGGUGACGGCCAGGUAUACUUUUGGGAAACCAGUGAGUGGCAAACUGACAGUGAACAUGACGGUGAACGGUGUCGGUUAUUAUCGGCACGAAGUUGGCCAUCCCGUGAUGAAAACGAUGGAGAUUAAAGGCUCUGCAACCUUCAGCCUGUGUGUGAAGGACAUGAUGCCCCUCGAUGUGACCGAUCACUUCAGAGGUGCAGUAAACAUGUGGGUGACGGUGACCAGUGUGGAUGGAGGGAGGCAGACAAUGUUUGACGACUCAACACCUGUUCAUAAGCAGCUAAUCGACAUUAAGUAUUCCAAGGACACACGCAAGCAGUUCAAGCCAGGCCUACCCUACAAGGGAAAGAUUGAGGUGACCUACCCAGAUGGAAGUCCAGCUGACGGGGUUCAGGUGCGCGUGAAGGCUGAACUUUCACCCAAAGACAAUGUCUACACCAGUGAGUUGAUCUCCAGCAAUGGCCAAGCCACAUUCGAGGUCCCCUCCAUCCCGACGGCUGCCCAGUACGUCUGGCUGGAGACUAAGGUGACGGCCAUUGGUGGCAGGCCAGCUGGAGACCAGUAUCUUCCCAGUUACCUGUCAAUCAGCAGCUGGUAUUCACCCAGCAAGUGUCACAUUCAGCUCCAGAGUCCCAGCGAUCCACUUCUUAUUGGACAAGAGGCUGAGGUUUAUCUUAAAUCCACUUGUCCGUGUAACUUCACUCUUCAUUACGAGAUCGCCGCGCGAGGCAAUAUCGUCCAAUCAGGACUGAGGCAUCCCAAUAGCACCACCCACAGAAGCAAGCGGGCAACCGUCACAUUCGAUAAGAAUAUCCACACCACUACACAACCUCCCUCAGGCCCAGGUGGUGUUGGGUCAUCUUCCAUGGGUGAGAUGGACAGUUGUGUGUCUGUCCUGCGUUUCUGGGUCACUCCUGCCAUGGCUCCACUCAGCCGCCUACUGGUCUACUAUGUACGGGAGAACGGAGAGGGGGUGACAGACAGCCUGCAAAUUCCCAUUCAGCCUAGCUUUGAGAAUCAGGUAUCCUUGGCUCUGUCCACUAAUGAGUCAAUGCCAGGCAAUCCCAUCAGCCUUCAGGUCAGGGGUGAGAAGGGUUCAUGUGUUUGUGUGGCCACAGUGGACAAAAGCAUGUAUCUCCUCAAACCAGGCUUUCAGCUUACCCCAGACAAGGUUUUUAAAGAACUGGCUGAUUUUGAUGUUUCUGACGCGUUCGGCAUACCCAAAGACGACGGGCAUUUCUGGUGGCCAGGCAUGUUGUCACGGCGACGGCGUUCCUCCGUGUUCCCCUGGCACUGGGACAUCACCAAGGAUGCCCGAUUUGCAUUCACGGAAACUGGGCUGGUGGUGAUGACUGACAUGGUGAGGCUGAAUCACAGACAGAGUGGGGGGAUGUACACAGAUGAAGCUGUGCCUGCGUUUCAGCCCCACACCUCCACGCUGGGGGCCGCUGUGCUGUCCCGCUCUGUGCCCAGGGCAGAGAAACGCAGGCGCACUUACUUCCCUGAGACGUGGAUAUGGCAUUGCCUCAAAGUCAGCGAUGUCACCGGAGAAGCUGAGCUGAGAUUGGACGUCCCAGAUUCAAUCACCACCUGGGUGACUGAGGCCAUUGGUCUGUCGGAGGAAAAGGGCCUCGGCCUGGCUCAGGGAGUGGAGCUUCGUACAUUUAAACCAUUCUUCGUAGAUUUCACUUUACCCUACAGCGUCAUCCGGGGAGAACAAACCAAAGUCCCUCUCACUGUCUACAAUUACUUGCCCACCUGUGCAGAGGUCCACGUGAAAGUGUCUGUUCCAAAGGGAAUCAAGUUUGUCGGACAUCCAGGGAAACAUCAUCUGACCCGGAAAAAGUGUGUGGCGCCGGGAGAAGCCGCUCCUACUUUCAUAGUUCUUUCGUUCACCGAGCUGGUCACGGCUAACAUCACAGCUCGUGCCGUGGCCUACAGUGACCCAGGUUGCUGCAUAGACGGGCUGCAGUCCGGGAAAACAAACAAAGGUGCAGAUGACCAGGAGGACAGAAGGAGCCCAGCUGGUGUUGACUAUGUCCGCAGGAGUGUCCUAGUGGAGCCUGAAGGUCUGCCCAGAGAAUACACAUACAGUGUUUUUUUCUGUCCAAACGAGCGAAUCCACAUCUCCACACCUAAUAAAUACGAAUAUCAGUAUGUGAAGAAGCCAUCCCGCGUCACACACUUCCAGGUGGCAGUGAAAACACACAACGACGCCCACAUAGCUCUCUCCCCGAGUCCACAUGACAGUGCAGAGAUGGUGGAGAUCGUCUUGGGGGGUAGACAGAACACACGUUCCUGGAUCUCUCUGGGGAAGAUGGGGGAACCAGUGGCAAGUGCUCCCACCCCAGGAAUCUUGUCCUGGGAUGAGUUUCGGAGUUUCUGGAUCAGCUGGAGAGGGGGAGGUGUGCAGGUGGGCCAUGGCCCAGAGCCUUCGAGUGAGACGCUGAUCAUGCAGUGGGCCGGACCUUUACUCGGGCAAGUGCGGCACAUUGGCUUCUCCACGGGCUGGGGCUCGGUGGGAGAAUUUAAGAUCUGGCGUAAAGAAGAUGCCGACGAGAACCACAAUGAAGCGUUCACGCUGGGAGUUCCACAUAAUGUGGUACCGGGCUCAGAGAGGGCCGUUGCAUCCAUGAUUGGUGAUGUGAUGGGCCCGACCCUUAACAACCUGGACAAACUCCUGCGUCUGCCGUUUGGCUGUGGAGAGCAAAACAUGAUUCAUUUUGCUCCCAACGUUUUUGUGCUCAAAUACCUGCAGAAGACUCGGCAGCUCAGCCCCGAGGUAGAGGCAGAAGCCACCGACUACUUACUUCAAGGGUAUCAGAGACAGCUGACCUACAAACGGCAGGAUGGCUCCUACAGCGCUUUUGGGGAGAGAGACUCUUCCGGAAGCAUGUGGUUGACGGCGUUUGUGCUGAAAUCAUUCGCUCAGUCACGUGGCUUUAUCUUCAUAGACCCUGAAGAGCUUCGGGCAGCUAAAGCCUGGCUGAUCACUCACCAGAGAGAGGAGGGCUCCUUCCCCGCCAUGGGCAGGAUACUCAACAAAGACUUACAGGGUGGGAUCCAUGGAAAGAUCUCGUUAACGGCCUACGUGGUCACAUCCCUCUUGGAAACAGGAAUAACCACAGAGGAGGAGAAGCUAGCCGUGGCUAAAGCAAAAGGCUUUCUGGAGAGCAACACAUACUCAGCUGAUGAUCCCUACACUACAGCCCUGUCAGCUUAUGCCUUGGCCCUGCUGAGAAGUCCCUAUGCCCCUUUAGCUCUGCGACGCCUCAACCAUAUGGCCAUUACACAGGAUGGUUUUACUCACUGGAGUCUUACUGGUCGAACAGUGACUGAUGAGGACACCUUUAUGGGUUUCAGUGAUGGAAUCUCCCAGUCAGUGGUUUCAGCAGAGGUGGAGAUGACCGCUUAUGGUCUGCUUACCUACACCCUGCUGGGUGACGUAGCAUCAGCGUUGCCUGUAGUCAAAUGGCUCUCCCAGCAGAGAAAUGCUCUUGGUGGCUUCUCCUCCACUCAGGACACGUGUGUGGCUCUACAGGCGUUGUCAGAGUAUGCUAUUUUGUCCUACGUGGGAGGCCUAAACCUCACCAUCUCGCUGGCGUCCACAAACCUAGACUUUCAGGAGACCUUUGAGCUACAAAGGGACAAUAAGAAGAUUCUGCAGAGCGCUGUGAUUCCCAGUAUCCCUACAGGUCUGUUUGUCAGCGCGAAAGGAGAAGGUUGCUGCCUUAUGCAGAUUGACGUGACCUACAACGUGCCGGAUCCCAUUUCCAAACCUGCGUUCCAGCUGCAGGUGGAAUUGAAGGAGCCCCGUCAGGAACGCCACCCUCCUCCCUCCUCCUCUUCCUCCACCUCCACCUCCUCCUCCUCCUCCUCCUCCUCCUCCUCUUCGUCUCACCACACACAUCCCCGCUCCCGUUACCGUGCCGACAACCGCUCAGAGCUGAGCCGCAAGCGUCGGACCCCGGCUGACGAUGAAGAUCCCUCUGCUCACCAAGACAACCUGGAUUAUCGCAUCACAGUGGAGGCCUGCACCAGGUGGCUACAUGCAGGGUCUUCAAACAUGGCUGUCUUGGAGGUGCCACUUCUGUCAGGUUUCCGUGCAGACGUGGAAAGUUUGGAAAGGCUGCUGAUGGACAAGAGAGUCGGACUGAAGAGAUAUGACCUGGAUGGAAGAAAAAUCUUGUUCUACUUUGAUGAGAUUCCCAGUCAGUGUAUGACCUGUGUAGCCUUCCAGGCUGUGCGAGAGUACAUCGUGGGGAAGACCGCUCCCGUACCUGUCAAGGUGUACGAUUACUACGAACCAGCAUUUGAAGCCACUCGUUUCUACAACGUCAGUGAAAGCAGUCCUCUGGCACGGGAACUGUGUGAUGGUACGACGUGUAAUGAGGUGGAGAGCUCCAGCAGCCAGUGGACAGGCUUCGUCCAGAGCGCCCAGUGCAAUAACGUUUUCGGGUGUCCCGAGGAGGAGCAGUUUGAGCGCUGCACCUGUUACAGGGACUGCGGGUACGACGGGCACCCCGUUUGCGGGUCUGACGGGCAGCUGUACCAGAACCAGUGCCAGCUGGAGGUCUCGGCCUGCCGCAACGGCACACGCAUCGAACAGGUGCCCCUAAGCCACUGCCCGCAGGUAGAAGCAGCCGUAGAGGAAAAGGAACCUGCCACUGGAGAAGAACCUGAGCAGGAGCCAGUCCUCAUUCCAACAGGGGGCGAGGAACGAGGCUCGAUGGCAGAGGUGUCCUACUACUCCUAUGAGUACGACCCUGACACGGAGACCUUCCCCGCCGAGGAAGAGGAGCGGUUUCAUCUGGACGAAGGAGACAGAGACCAGCUCCUCUCCCCUGAUACAAAGGACUCCCCCGAGCGAUGAACCCCUCUCUGAGCGCGGCACGGGCCAGAUCUCCAUGUUGUAUAUGUCUGUGAAUAUGAUGUGUGAGAGGAGAGGAAGAAGUGUGU